AUGCCAAGUGACAGCAAUCCAAUAUUCGGUAGAGCUGGUGUUUCUGUAGAAGAAUUCUAUGCCAAUGCUUUCGUACUCAACUAUCAACAAUUACAACAGCGUGAAUCUCAAAGGCGCUGUGAAGUAUUUCAAGACUGGGAGGAUCCUAGGCCCAUCGAAGACUUGAUAAGGGGCGAGGUAGAGAAUGAUAAAAAGGAGCGCCUUGGGAAGAAUCUCCUUGACUCCUUUGCUUUAAUAUUCGCUCAGCUAGGUGGUGAAGGCGUCGUAGCGGCAGCAAUGGAGAGCAAUGAAGACCAUACUAUUCACACUCUCCACAUCUCUAAGAAUCGUCACUCGAUUGAUACACUUACUCCCCCCGCCGAAGAAAUCAAAGCAUGGUUUAUGGAUAGAGUUACAGACGCCGCAAAUACUGUCACACUUAGCCGCCAGAGCAGUUUAUGGAGGUGUAUUCUUCGUAACUGUUAUCGAAGUAUCACAAGAUCCAUAUUUGAAGCAUGUAUCGGGGACACAGAAGGAGAAAAGAAGGAUGAAUUAUCAUGCGCUUUAAGAUGUAUUGGAAGAAAAGUAUUCGAUACCCUUCCGUCGGGGCUAUCUAAGGCUAAAAAGGGGAUAUUGAACGUCUUGGAAUCAUUGGAAACGUUCUUUAUUGGCUCUCCCAGCAUCUAUUACAAACUUUGGUAUCUUCUGGGGACUAAUGAUGUAUUGAACGAGGAACCUAUAGAAUUCCUUCAUGAUUUCGCGCAACUAUGUUUCAACUUGGCAGAAACCCGUGCACAGUAUAUGGGAGAUAUUUUUGAUAUACUGGAUGAAAGAUUUCGGCGGGAAUCUGGCGACAAACCUGUGAAACGUAGAAGGGCUUUAUGGAAGAUUCGACAGCUAAUUUACACUAUAUCAAACUACCCCCGUGCAUGGUAUGAUAUCGUAUAUUUCAAAGUCAGGAAUGGCUCAGCUACUUUACAGAUAAACCUUCAACUCGGCGAAGGCUCCAUAACAUCAGAGGCCUGUAAGUUGAUUUGGGACAGAAUCUCUAAAAUAGUUAUCGAAACGAGAAUGCUCGGCGAAGAAGCAGCUGCCAAAAUGAAAGGCUGUUACAACUCCCACCUAAAGCUAUAUCCUAAAUGGGAUCCUCCAGAUUUCCUACUCAAGGAACAGCUUCAAUUUCUAAAACAGGAGAUGGGAAGACUGGCAGACCCAACAAACACGGAAGUUUUUAUACCCGAAAGGAUUAAUUCGGAUUCUCCUGAUAAAGAAGAGACUUUCUUGUCGCCGAGAAAUGUGCCUGGAUACGCAAUCGAAUCAGUUGAGUAG